AUGGCAGCUUUGAAAGAUGACGGGGUCACUAUGAUUGGGAUAUGUGGUCUGGGUUGUGUUGGUAAGACAACACUUGCUGACAGAAUAAGACAAAAGGUGAUACAAGAAAGGUUUUUCGAAGAUGUCGUCAUGGUAACUAUCAGUCAACAACCAGACUUACAAAAGAUUCAGGAUGAGAUCACAGAAGAACUAGAUUUGAAAUUGCAAGGGAAUGAUCAGGGGAUUCGUGGAGAUCAGUUGCGCACAAGGUUAAUGGAUCAGAACAGCCGCAACCUUAUAAUCUUGGAUGAUGUUUGGGAGUCUCUUCAUGAUCUAAACAAACUUGGAAUUCCCAGUGGUAGCAACCACAACUACCUGUGCAAAGUGAUAUUGACGACGCGUCUCCGAGCCGUUUGUGAAGCAAUGGGAGCUCAGACGAUCAUGGAAGUUGGAAUAUUAUCUGAGGAGAAAGCAUGGUUCCUUUUCAAGGAGAAAGCUGGUGAUUCAGUAGACGAUCCUUCUAUUCAUGGCACAGCAAUAGAGGUUGCCAAAGAAUGCAAGGGGCUGCCACUUGCAAUUGUUACAAUUGCAGGAGCAUUAAAGCGUAAAACCAAGCCUUCGUGGGAGAAUGCCCUUAAACAAUUACGUGGUGCAGAAACAAGAAAUACCCCUGGAGUGCCCACAAGUUUGUAUAGACCUCUGAGGCUAACCUAUGAACGCUUGGAAAGUAAUGAAGCCAAGUACCUCUUUUUGCUUUGUUCCUUGUUUGAGGAAGAAAAUGAUAUUUGUCCUGAAGAAUUAUUUAGAUAUGGAAUGGGGCUUCGCAUCUUUCCGAAAAUAAAAGAUUUACAUGAUGCAAGAAAUAGGGUGCGUUAUCUGUUAGAAACAUUGGAAUAUUAUUUCUUGUUAUCCCAAGGUUCAAACAGAAACUAUGUCAAAAUGCGUGAUGUGGUCUGUGAUGUGGCUAAAUAUAUUGCGUCUGAGGGAAAGCAUAUAUUUAUGGCAAGUCACGAUGUGUACUCAGAAGAGUUCCCAAGAAGAAACUCUUACGAGAAAUACAAUCACAUGUCAAUUGUCGCAAAUAAAUUUGAUAAGCUUCCUAGCCCAAUAUUUUGCCCCAAACUGAAGCUUCCAAUCAUCUUCGUAAGAAAUUUAUUGCGGAUUUCGUCAAGGAUUUGA